AUGUGCCCGAGUAGCGGAACUGUGCUUCUGACCUUUGCAAUUCUAUUUCGGUACAUUGGCAAGAAAUAUUUGAAUCGUGCGAUUCAGCACAUUUUGAGUGAACCGAAUGCCAAUGCCCCACGCCCUUUGGCGUUUGCCGUCCUUCGGGUACCGUUCUUUCUCGAACCCCACUACGACGAAAGCAGGACCUUUAUCGAAUCCAACCGUGAACGCCUCGUGAAAAAGUGGGGCGGUAGGCAAGGCUGGGAAAGCCAAAAGAAACGUCACGAUUUAAAGGGUCGGGGUCAGGCAGCCGGCAUUCCGCACUUUAAUCUGGAUCGAUUGGCGGCAAAUUCCAUGGCGUCGCAUCGAUUGAUUCAACAUCUCGGAAAAACCUACGGAUUGGAUAUAAGUGAGGCUAUAUAUGAUGUACUGAAUGAGUACUAUUUUGUCGAUGGGUACUCGUUGAACGAUCGUCCGCGUCUCGCCACAACGGUUGCGGAAGCGCUCGGUCGAAUCCUGCCACACGCCAAAGCACCUACAUCGGACGCAUUGUUGACAUUUCUGAACGGCACGGAAGGCCGCGCGGAAAUUAAGCGAGCUUUGAUGGCCCUGGAUGAACUUGGAGUUCACGGAAUUCCUAAAUUCAUUGUGGAAGGAACAACCGUCGUGGACGGAGCAGCCCAUGCCGACGUUUUCGUGAACAUUUUUCGCGAAAUUGAACUGCGCGGCUCGUUGAAGGGGAGUGCCGUAUUUGCGGAUAUUUUGGGGUCUCACCCGAAACGAUUGAGCGUGGAAGUCACCGACCUCAGCACAUGA